UUGCACAUGGUUACUGAUGUAUAAAACAUCCAAAAUUGAAAAACAUUCAAAUUAUUAUUAUAAUUAUUUUGAUCAUUUUAAAUAAAAAUUAAAAAAACAAUGGAAAAUCCUAUUAUAAUGAAUAAAUAUUCUAUUGAAAGAACCUUAGGACAUGAAAUUGAACCUUAUAAUUAUGAAAAUUUUGUUAAGAAUUUUAAGAUAAAUAUAGUGAGCAAAAAUAAUCGUGAUAUGGAAUUUGAUUUAAUAGGAAUAGAUGUAGCAUUAGCUAAUAGUUUAAGGCGAGUGAUUAUAUCAGAGGUUCCCAGCAUGGCCAUUGAAAAAGUACAUAUAUAUCAAAAUACGUCAUAUGUACUUGAUGAAAUUUUAGCUCAUAGAUUAGGUUUAAUUCCAUUAAAGGCAGAUCCUAGACAAUUUAAGAUGAAAGCUGAUAAUGCUGAACCGAAUGAACAAGAUAGCCUAGUGUAUGAGUUAAAAAUUAAAUGUACAAAAAAAGAUUUGGAUGCUUUAAUUCAUAAACAGUUUAUAAGUUUUCCUGUCUACUCAAAAAAUAUAAAAUGGCUACCAUUAGGUAAUCAAAAAGAUAUGUAUACAGAAGAAAAUGUUGGUAUGAUACAUGAUGAUAUUCUCAUUGCUAAAUUAAGACCUGGACAAGAAAUUGAACUUAAAAUGUUUGCAGUUAAAGGAAUACCUAAAGAUCAUGCAAAGUUUCAAAGUGUUUGUACUGCUUGGUAUAGAUUAAUGCCACAGAUUAAGUUAUUGCAUGAAAUCAAAGGUGAUGAUGCAAUAUUAUUUCAAUCAUGUUUUUCAAAAGGUGUUAUUGGCUUAAAAAAUGUUAAAGGUGUACCCAUUGCAUAUGUAGCAGAUAAUAGAAAAGACAAUAGUUCCAGAAAUGUUUUUAGGUAUAAAAUUUUUGAAGAUAAAGUAUUAUUGUCCAAAGAUCAAAAUCAUUAUAUUUUUACAAUUGAAUCAAUUGGUGCUAUGGAACCAAAUGAAAUCAUGUUGGAAGCAAUUAAUAUUAUUAUUCAGAAACUAAACAAUGCCCUUGAAUCUGCAUUAAAUCAAAGUGAAAUAUAAUGUUAUUUUUUACUUAUUCUGUUUUGACUAUGUAUGAAACAAACUUAAAGAUAAAUGUUUAAUAUAUAAAUAUUUCAAUUGAAUUAUAUAAUGUAAUUUUUUUGUUUA